AUGAAAUUAAAGAAGAUACUUACUCGACAAGAACUAUGGAUGUGUCAGGUUUGAAAUCGUCAAAGUUGAAAUAGUUUGUCAUGCAUAAAACGGAUACCAGUUAGACCUACAGUUUGUAGUCGGUGCAUGACAAAUUUGCCCGGUCCUGGAAGCGAGUCUGUCAUGCGGUUUAGGGCAAAAGAGCUGCCUUCUGUCAUGCUAGUCAGCAGUCCAACUUUUGACCCUUACCAGGACUAUAAUCUGCCUCCCGUGCGUCCUCUGCAAUAGAGCCACUCUUUGUAUCGCAUUUUAUGCAUGGCAAAUCAUUUCAACUUUGACGAUUUCAAUCCUGACACUCCCAUAAGAACUAAUUGGAUCUCUUCCUCCAAAAGGAUGCAGGUGCUGGACUAGAAGAGUUUUCACCAGCAUCCGAGGCAUCAACGACCAAGACUUUUUCCUCUCACCAGAUAGAACUUUUCCGUGCCUUAGGUGUCUGAAGAUUUCAUUUUCAUUUUCAUAUUACGGAGGAAGACUCGUCUCGAAAUUAGAAUUAAAGCCCAAAGUUUUGUCAAUCAGAAAACCCAGAAGAUUUUCUGAAAAUGAAAAAAUGUCGUGUAAAUAUUCGAGAACUUCUUCUAUUCGAAAUUAAAAUCGUUGUUUCGUUUACAGAAUUAUCUAUCUUUAUCUUCCCUAUUUUCGUUGCUAGUACCUUUUAGUACAACACACUUUUCAGAAACCUAUUUACAGUAAUUGUUGACCACAACCCAAAACUAUCGAACUAGACUCAGAUCAGGAUUGUUUUUUACGACGACCCAAAAAAAAGCUUCUACCGGUCUUGUAAUUAACGGUAGAAACAACAAGAAUUAAACCGAGCAAGGCUAUGUAUGAGGCUGAUAUAAAAAUUGACUCACAGCACUCAUCGGCGGUUGAAAAGAGCAAAACAAAAGGCGACGCAACAAGAUCCGCCGAGAAAAAGCAGCAGUGCGAUUGAAAGAGCGGCCAAAUAAAUGCUUUGUAUAUGUGGAAAACCUGUUGUAAAGGGUCUACCUGAACUUUUGGAAAUCAAAUGAAAAUUAACGAGCAAGGAAAAAAAACAGCACCUGCACCACUGCAAUGCGCAGGGGAGAUGGGAGUGCAGCAGGUUGUACAACGACACGGUAAUGCAAAAUAUGCUGCAGAUUUUUGUUCGACGGGACGGCCGUACACCGGAG